CACAGCUUUGCAUUUUAAUCUGCUAAAUGCCGUAGAUAGUUGCUCCUAAAUUUAUGUUGCUUACCUUAAAUUAGAACUAUUUUAUUUUUAAACUACAAUUAUAAUUUGGCUUGUGUCGUAAUGGGUCCGUUGAUUGUCCGAAGGCAUUUAAAUUUAGAGAAACGUUGCGGAUUUCCCAUGAAUCCAUGGUUUGUAGUUUUAAACAACACAAGCUAGCAAACUGCUGGCUGGAGUAGUUUGAAGGUGAGAUGAGCUCCUCCACGCCGGGUCAGUCGGCUCCUCGCAUGUCUAACCUAGAACCUGGGAUGGGGAGGUCUGCAGCCAUGCUGGGGCUGUCUGCUGGCCUGGGGGGAGCAGAACUGGAGCUGCAGAAGAUGCUGAUCGAUGAGCGGAUAAAGUGUGAACACCACAAGACCAACUACCAGACCCUCCAGGCUGAGCAUGCCAGCCUGCAGGACGAGUUGCUGCGAUCGCAGGGGGAGCUGAAGCGGCUGCAGGGUGAACGACUGCUCCAGCAGGAGAAGCUGCAGCAGCUGCUGGCGGACCUGCGAGGACAGCUGCUGGACAAAAACCGGGAGCUGGAGGAGCUGCGGCUGCAGGUUAUGACCCCCCAGCGGCUGGAGUUACUCAGAGCUCAGGUGCAGCAGGAGAUGGAGGCUCCAGUCAGAGCACGGUUCAUCAAGCUGGAGGAGGAGGCAGAGAAGUACCGGUCCGAGUUCAACAAGCUCCGGUACGACUUCACCGUCCUCCAGUCCCAGAGCGAGCUUCAGAGAGAGGAGCAUGCUCGGGUUCUGGAGGAGAGGAGGAUCUGCUAUGAUGCAGAGAUCGCUCGGCUGGAGAAGGACCGAGACGAGCUGGUGGCUCAGUACCAGGGUUCGAACCUGCUGCAUGAUGGGAAACGGGUGGAGGCUCUGCUGAGGGAGAAGGCCCAGCUCCACGUGCGGCUGAAGGGGCUGGAGGCGGAGGUGGCCGAGCUCCAGGCCCAGAAAGAGAACUCGGGUCAGCAGGCUGAGAACGUCCAGCGCCUCCAGAUUAGACAGCUGUCGGAGUUUCAGGCUACGGUCAAGUCACUCGAGGCGGAGCGCCAGUCACUGAGUCAGCAGCUGGAGCGGUUGGAGAACGAGCGCCGCCUGAGCCACGAGCAGAACAGUCAGCUCAUGGGGAGGCUUCACAAAGCUGAGAGGGAGGUCGGCACCCUCACCUCCCAGCUUGAAAGCCUGAAGCAUUCCCACAAGGUGGAGAUAACCAGCAUUAAACUGGAAUGUUCUCGCUCCAAAGCGGAGGCGGAGAGAGAGAGGGACGCACUGCAGUCCCAGGUGGACGGUCUCCUGGCAGAUGUUGAAGAGCACAAAGCAGCUGCUGAACGAUUCAAGAAGGGUAUGGUGGACAAAGAGAAGGAGGUGGUCAGGAAGGUGCAGGCCGCUCGUGAGGAGGAGUUCCGGAAAGCAGCCGUUCUGCACGACGAGAAGCUGGAGCUGGAGAGUCGCCUGACCGCUCUGGAGAAGCAGCGGGCUCUCCAGGAGGCUUCAGACUACGCCUUAAAGGAGGAGUGGGCAGAACAAGUCCGCAGCGCUCAGCUGGGAGAAGAGUCGGCUCGUAGAGAACUCCAGAACCUGAGGAGUAAGCUGCAGCAGCAGAACUCACACCUUGAGGAACUAGAAAGACAGAAAGCAGAGAUUUCGGACCUACAGCAGCACAACCGGGAGCUUGGUGUUCAGCUGGGGGUGCUGUCACGCUCUGAAAGUGACCUGAUGGAGACAAAUCAGCGGAUGAGAGACGCUCUGGAACGGGUCAGCGAGGAGCUGAGGGCGGCUCGGGUCCAGUCAGAUAGGAGCCAACACGAGGCAGAAAGGUUGUUGGAGAACCGUCAGAUUGAGUGGCUGGAGGAGAAACGCAGGCUGCAGGAGCGCGAGGCUGAGCUGAAGAAGAAAUACUCGCAGGUCAAAGAGAAGCUGCAGAGAGCAGCGGUGGCCCAGAAGAAGAGGAAACUUCAGACUGAAAACAGAGAGAACAAACAGCAGCAGAAGAUCCAGCUGCUAGAGGCCAAAGUUGAGGAGCUUGAACUGGAAGCUGCUACUGCUAGGAAAUGGUCGGUGUUCUCAGAGGAACAAGCUCAGCUCCACCGGCGUCUGAAGGAGCUGCAGCGUCGACACAACGAGUUCCGACGCCUCCUGCUCGGUGGUCAGGGUCCGCUAGGCGGAGGCCCUACAGGCCUGAACCCCCUCCUCCCCCACGGCUCUGAGGGGCUGUUAACUACCGACCUGGAGGGCGAGUUCUCGGUUCUAGCUCGAAGGAUGGAGAACCUGGAGAGUGCUCAGCAGCAGCAGCUGGAGGAGCUGGCCUUUCCAGUGGAAAAGGAGCAGGACCCCUAAGCCAGCCUUUACAAUAAGGAAUCAACUCAGAUCCAACAAAUACUUUUUAAAUAGAAACUUUAUCGGCUCAUUUUUAUAAAAAUGUUUUAAACAUGUUAAAAGGCAGAACUCAGGGUUAACCUUUGUUUUAUGUGCUGGUGUUGAGUUAAAAAUGCACUACGUGUUUUAAAAUUGCACUUUGUACAGACUGUGAAUAAAAACAUGCAUCAGA